AUGGGGCUGCAUCAGGGCGUGGUCGAUGGAGCUGCUGGCCUUGCGACGCUUACGCCGCAGCAGCUCGAGGAGUUUUGCAGCAUGCUGCCUCUCGUUGCGGCGCCAGGAACGGCCGAGAAGAAGCUCAAGCGCAAGCUCACGCGUCAUGCCUCGCAGUAUGGAUGGAGCGCUGUCGACUUGGACAAGGCCACAUCGAGCCUGUGCUUCAUUUUCGCCGACGCCGCCAAGCGAGGCAGCUCUGCCCAAGAGCUUGUCACAUCGUUGAUGGCGCUGCGCCUCUCCCACGACCACCUUGGCGUGCUCGCAGCCUACUACGAGGCCCAGCGUGAGGCCAUCAAGGCUGCGACAGCGUGGAACCCGUCGCUCGACGUACCCGCGUACCAUGACCUCUCGUGGCGCCUCGAUAUGGAGGUCGGGACACGCUUGCUCCACCACAAGGCGUCGCCAGCGCUGUCGCUGUCGCUCGAGACGCGCGAGAAGCAUGGCGCGGUCGCAGCACGCACGAUGGCGGCCGAUUAUGCAACCUUGCGCACCUUGCACGCGUCGCUCAAGGACGCACUCAAGGAAGCCCAGUCGACGCACUGCGGCCGCGUCCAGCGCUACUUGCAGUGA